UUGAAAUUUAGAUUUGGUUUGAUGUUUUAGUGAAAGCCUUGAGAGAUGUCAUAGCCAACUGAUAUGUUGAGUUAGAUGUAACUGAAGACACAAACUAGCUGUGAAUUCAAUCCUUGAUAGAGUAGAUUAUGUAGUAUUUAUAAAUAUAUCAUCAUAACCUUUGUUUUAUUCUGUUGAGGAUGAUUUAAACCACCUAAAAGAAUUACGGUGAUACCAUGGAUCAUGUUGAGAUCAAAAAGCAGGGCAAACAAGUUGAUAUUUCACAGUUUCGUGCACAACUUGAUGUAUUGGGACUAAAAGUAAUUCAAGUGACUGCAGAUGGUAAUUGUUUCUUCAGAGCUCUUGCUGAUCAACUAGAAGGCAAUGAAGAGGAGCAUGCUAAAUAUCGCAGUAUGGUGGUACAAUAUAUUUUGAGGAAUCGUGAAAUGUUUGAGCCAUUUAUUGAGGAUGAGGUCCCAUUUGAUGACUACUGCCAAAACAUGGAGAAGGAUGGUACAUGGGCUGGACAUAUGGAAUUGCAGGCUGCUUCUCUUGUAACACGCAGUAACAUAUGCAUUCAUAGGAGCAUGUCGCCUCGCUGGUAUAUAAGGAACUUUGAAGAUCAAGGUUUUCAUAUGGUCCAUUUAUCAUAUCAUGAUGGUGAGCAUUACAAUAGCGUGCGAUCGAAGGAAGAUUCCUGUGAGGGGCCAGCUAGACCUAUCACAAUUAAGGUUGAUGCUGAUCUUUCCAAGAAAUCUCAUCAAACAAAAGCUGUGGAGAACAAGUCGAAAGGGGGAGUUGGCAGGAACAUUAUAGAUGCUGGAUUCAUCAAAUUGGUUAUUGAUGGAACGGGUUGUGAAAAUGCUGAAAAAAUUAAAGAGGUUUUACUACAAGUAGAUGGUGAUGUUGAUGCUGCCAUAGAGUUUUUGGUAGCAGAACAAGGAACAGAAGAGUGUUCAAUGAGACCUGAUUCGCCUUCUAAUGCUGCAGAUAAUUCUCCUUGUAAUGGCUGCAGUGAUGACAGUGGCGAAAAUAAUCAAGCAAUAGGAGCAGAGAAGACCUAUAAACAGGAUGUGGCUAGCAGUAGCAAUAAUCUUGCUCAUGAAAACAGUAGUUCCCAACCAGAUGAUAAGAAGAUCUCUAGAAACCAGCUCUGUCCAUGUGGUUCAAAAAAGAAGUAUAAAGCUUGUUGUGGAACAGUCAGUGCGAGGUCCUCUAAAAAGUUUGUAAUUAGCCAAACUAUGGACUCUAGAAAGGGUAGAAGAGAGAGGAAGCCUGGCAAGAAAGGAGCAAGCGUAAAAGCUGUAUCGGCCUGCAGCCCAGAUGGAAGGCCUCUUGACAUGGGUGCACUUUGUAUUUGAUCAUUAUCUAAUAAUAUCAAAGUAUGGGAAGAUGAAUUGUUAAUAUACUUUCCCCUUCCUGUUUACUGCUCUAACUUCUCUGUCUAUCAUGCCGGUCUAGACAGAUCUUACCGCCUAACAAGAUCUCAUCACUCAUCCCCUUAGUUCCAUCAUGAGCCCUGAAACCAAAAGAUCUUACUAAUAAGUGAGGCACUCGGCAUCCCAAACAUGAACUUGGGAUGAUGUAAAAAAGUUGGAAGGGAGAAAGAUCAACUCUCAGAGCAUGCUACACAGGGACUUGGUCUCAGAGCUCAUUCCAUGAAUUCUCCAUUGCUCUCAAAAGUAAGGACACUUGCCGUUACUGGUUUUUUGAGUGAUUUCUUAAUCUUUUGUUGAUUUUCUUUAGAUGAGUCCCUUCAAGGCAGGAGUUGAAGUGUGAUAAAAGAGUAAAAAAAAAGGCACAGCUGAGGGAAAGGAAAAAGAUAGAUCAUUCAUUUGUUUGUUUUGGUUGAAAAUAGAUGAAAAUUACGGAGAGAGCUUCUUGUUGGAAAAUUACUCUUAGACUGAGUUACCCAUGAGUGAGUAUACAAAUAUUUUAGCACAAAAUUGUUAUUAAAAAGGCAUUUAUCAACUGUUUAUUGGUUUGGAGAUUAUUUCCAUGUACAACCUUGUCAUCUUGCCAACA